GCCCAGGGUCGGUUGUGUCUUGACGUUGCCGGGAAAAAAAACAAAACUGUUCAAUCCGUUUAUUUUUAACAUUCAAGUUUUUCCGAGAAAGAAAAAAACACGAAAGUUUUGUUGUUUGGUUCUUGCACUGCGUCCAACUUUACAAUAUAAUUUGCAUUUAAGAGUUAGGGUGGACUGCAUCUUUACCGCAGCGAUGCUGUCUUUGUUUUUAAACAAUACCGAAGAAAAUAUUACGACGGCUGAAGACUGGACAAGUGUGUAUAUUGACGUACGAUGGAUACAGCUGAUUAUGGCAGUGCUAAGCAUACUGGGUUCUGGCUCCAUUAUCGUGUAUGCCGCUUUCCAGAAUCUGAUCAGAACACCCGAGGUGCUGCCACUGUUUCUCCUGAGUGUGAUGGACCUGCUGCUGAGCCUCAGUUGGCUGAUCGGAGCCGUGCUCUUCACUCAGGUGUGCGAGAAGCACCCCACCUGCUACAACCUGCACACCAUCCAACAGAUAUUUUACUUGUCCUCGUUUUUCUACACGCUGAACUACAUUUUGGUUCUCUACCGGGGCCUGAAAGAGAAAUACCACGGAAGUCUGAAUGGCUACAACACUCAGUUCUCCAGGAGUGCGAGCUCAUUUGGAAGCAUCUUCGCAGUCCUAUCAUUCUUGGUCCCGGUGAUUCUCAUGGUGCCGGUGUUCACCGUGGGGAACUUUGAGGACUGCUACACUAACUUCAGCCGGCCCUAUAAGUGCCUCCUGAUGCACACAGGCCCGCUGUACUCCUCCCCCUGGUACAGGAAGGGGAGCAGCUCUGCCUGUUAUGCUGUCCAGGUCUACAGCACCGCCAUCUUCCUCUCCGCCUUCCUCCUCACCUUCCUGGGCAUCGUGGUGCUCAUGGGAAGGGCACGUGGGCUGUAUAAGCGCUGUGCCACCUCCAGCGGUGUCCUGGGCGGCCGGCAGUGGGCUGUGCUACGCGUGCUGGAGAGGAGGAUGGUGCUGUACCCAUCUGCGUUCUUCUUCUGCUGGGGCCCAGCUAUCAUCCUCGCCACCAUCAUCCUGUUUGCCCCAAACACAGUGCAAGGAUGGGUGGGCUACAUUCUGUACAUAUUACAGGCCCUCACCUCAGGCUCUCAGGGACUGCUGAACUGCCUGGUAUACGGCUGGACCCAGCAGGACUUCCGCACACUCAGCAGCAAAGCCGUGCGCCACAUCGAUACCCAGACUCCCCUGCUGCGCUCACAGAAGAAGGGCUACAACACCCUGAGCUCCAUGGACCUCUGCACCUAGGGAGGUGUCGCUAGGGAGCGGUCACUACGGCGACGCCAUGGCAACACACACCCCCGAGAACUCUGGGACUGACUGACCACUCGCCAGGUCGCCACAGCUCUGAGAAGCUAGCCUAGUCUUUGAGGGCGGAGCCUCUUCUUAAAGGGGUAGCGUCGGCUUUACAGGAGCAGCUGCGGGACUGUUGCAGCCUCUUCAUCACCACGGCGACCACCCGCUAGAACGGAGAGAGACCGGGGAAUCACAGCGAGAGGAAAACUCUGCACACAAAAAGGAUCUGAGAGUGCACCUGGCAACCCGGGCCAUACUUCUGUUACUAUAGCGCCUGCCUUUGUAGAGUCACAGGGGACUUUAGUUUCAUAGUACACUUAAGAAUAAUAAACUGUAUUUGCUGUUUUAUUUACUUAGACGAUUAUGAUUGUGGAAAAAUGUAAACAUGUUUUCUUGUUUCGUGGUGGGCCUGGUCUGUUUCUGUGUACUUUUUGUUUUUACAGAGUUAUUUUUUUAAAAAUUUGAAAUUGAGGAGUAGGGAAGCUUAAGCCAGGCAGCCAGUAAGUAUGCUCACUCUGUGAUUACAAGGGACUUUUCACAGACUGUUUCUGCUCUGCCACAGAUGUCUCACCACAAUGUGGCCCUCGUUAUUGCUAACAUUGUGCAAGCAUAACCCGCCACCCACACACACACUGCUCGGCUCAACAGUUCGAUGGCCGGACCGUGGGCCUCACUCUCUGGAAACUGGGUCAUCUCCCAUAAUUAUGGGAGUGGAGCUUGGAAAGGGAAUCCGGGCUUCCUGUUCGGCCCCGUGCUGUGAUCCUGAGCCCAGUUUAUGUCACAAUCUCCUCCCACUGCCACUCCGACCCAUUUUCAGAUCUCCUGACCUAUAUUGUUGUAAUAAAGAACAUCGUGAAAAA